CCAGGAUAAGAUUUUGCAAGUUGCUUGCUCAAAAAUGCAAGCUCUCCAAUGCUCCCAUCGCCAUCAUGUUCGCUCUGUGGCGGCGAAGUCCGCGCGGGCUGUAUCGUCGCGACCGUUUGGAUCGGUGUGCUAUCGUCCAUCCCUUGGACGUGUGGCCCUUAAGGCCGUUAACCAGCAAGCGACCGAGGAGAAGAAGAACUCUGACAGCGCGGCGCGCCAGCUCCUUGGUAUGAAGGGUGCAGCGCUGGAGACGGAUAUCUGGAAGAUCCGCGUGCAAUUGACGAAGCCCGUCACAUGGAUUCCGUUAAUCUGGGGUGUCGCUUGCGGGGCUGCUGCUUCUGGGAAUUACCAGUGGAAUGAUCCUACUGAUAUCGCAAAGUUGCUUACAUGCAUGAUGAUGUCUGGGCCCUUCCUGACGGGCUACACCCAGACAAUAAACGACUGGUAUGAUCGGGAGAUUGACGCCAUCAAUGAGCCCUAUCGUCCUAUUCCCUCAGGCCGCAUCUCUGAGAGUGAUGUGAUUAUCCAAAUCUGGGUGCUCUUGUUGGGCGGACUGGGCAUCUCCUACGGCCUGGAUACGUGGGCAGGACAUGAACAGCCGACACUGCUGUACCUGGCCAUCUUUGGUUCCUUCAUCUCUUAUAUCUACUCUGCUCCACCAUUGAAGCUUAAGCAGAGCGGCUGGGCGGGGAACUAUGCACUGGGCUCGUCAUACAUUGCCCUCCCCUGGUGGGCCGGCCAGGCCUUGUUUGGCACCCUGACACUGGACGUGAUGGCCCUGACGGUGGCCUACUCUUUGGCGGGUCUCGGCAUCGCCAUUGUCAAUGACUUUAAAAGCAUUGAGGGUGACAGGAAGAUGGGCCUGCAGUCGCUGCCAGUCGCAUUUGGGGUCGACACCGCCAAGUGGAUUUGCGUCUCCACCAUUGACGUAACGCAGCUGGGUGUGGCAGCUUACCUGGCCUUUGGUCUGCACCAGUACACGUACGCGGGUGUGCUGCUGGGGCUCAUCCUCCCACAGAUGUACUUUCAAGCAAAGUACUUCAUUCCUGAUCCCAUCGCAAACGAUGUCAAGUACCAGGCCAGUGCGCAGCCAUUCCUGGUGUUUGGACUGCUCACGACGGGACUGGCGAUUGGCCACGUGAACCAGCUCGCUGCGGCGGCCAGCAGCGCCUUGUGAGCAUGAGGAUGAUUGUGCGUGUCAUCGGGAUUGGAUAGGAUGAGGUGGGGCGGUGUUGGGGAUUUGGCCUUGAGGGAUGUGGGAUGAUGUGGGAUGACGCAGGAGAAUGUGGAUAUUUUGGUACGGUUGGGAAACGUCUUGCAUAGUAUCUUGCAAGCAUUAUAACAGGUUGCGGCAGCGGAGUGCUGGGAGGUUCAGGGGUUAUACCUAUAUUACAGGGUACGGGCUGGCAUGCUAGUGCAUUCUUCUGUAACGCUAAUGCUAUCUUUUUGUUGAUUAUUGUAGGUGAGCGAUCUGCCUUCAAUUUGAUAAUGUCUGUAGGAUGGUGAAAUGUGUGUGUAUGUUUGUAGUUCAAUGUAACGACUGAACUGGCAAGG